AUGGAUCCCUGGCCACUCUUGCGGGAGCUUCGGUACCGCACCUGUUUGGAAUAUCCCAAUGCCAAGGAACAACGUGAAAUGGAGGAAAGAUACCUGAAGCCUCUGAGGUCCAUGAAAGGCCCUUGGUGGAAGCAGCCAGAGGCCUUGGAGAUCUUAGCCAAGCAACUGGACGAGGUGGGUUUCGUUGUCAUCGAUGACUUUCUGCCGGAGGAAGUGGUGCGGUCUGUGAAGGCGAACAAUAUGAAGCUCUACGAGCAUUCGGAAAUGCAGGAAGGCAAAACAACUGGUGGCAGCGAGAGGGUUGGCAUCGCCCACCGUUGGGAACCCGGCAUCUCUCGCCAUGGUUCGCGCUGCGUACGGCGUGGCUUAGGUGGUGAUGUACUGAAAUGGAUCGGCUACGAUGGGGAGACUGAAGAGAGCUGCUGCGUACGUACCUUUGCGGAACACAUCGAACACGCGAUGACCUGCAUUGCAGAAGCAGCAGAAGACGUGGCACCAAGUGUGGCAAGCGCAGUCUCAAGUGUGCGCUGGCGCUCUGAGACCAUGCUCACAUGUUAUCCAGGGGCAAAUCGAUACUUUCGACAUACGGACAAUUCCAGAGCAUCCAAUUCCUCUGGAAAUGGGCGCUUGCUGACGGCCUUGGUGUAUCUCAAUGUCAUUGCCUUAGCAAGCUUUGCGGCAACUCUGUGGUACUAUGACCGAAAGAACCCAUCGAUCCGAUUGACAGAGGUGGGUGCUACGACUCACUCGGAGGCUCCGCCAAGGGCAGAGGCACAGCAGGAGGAGACACCCACUGAAGCUGCAGAAGCAGAGGUUGAAGCUGAGGAGAGGCUUGCCGAUAAGCUGGAUGACCAACGUGUGGCCAAGCGUGUAGACUUGCGAGGCGAUGAGCUUGGCGAGGCCUUGGAGCAGGCCGGCGAGAACUGGGCCCAGCUGCUGGCGAAGGGCGCAGAUGCAGUGAUUGAAGAGGCUGGUCAGCUAUUCCUGCGCCUUCCCACAGGGGAGUUGCUCAAGAAUGGUGAGAAUGAGCAGUGGAUGCUAGAGCACCACAACAAGCAUUGGAGGGAAGGGUAUGAGUUGAACUACUGGCAGCUCGCCUUAUAUAAGUUUCUCAUUCAAUGCAGGCGCUUGGUCAAGCCUCCCAGUGACUCUACGUCGCAGCGCCUCCAGGUCGAGGUGACUUGGUGCUGUGGGUCCCACCGGAUGACGAAAUGCAAGACCCUUCUUCUGGGAGUUGAUUGGGCCUCAAUCCCUGUGGAGGAGAGCAUACAAGCAAGAACGCAGCAGAUCACCGCGCUCUCCGAUGCACAGCUGACCAGCUUUCCAGGCAGCAUCGACAAUGACGAUGCUCGUUACAUCCGCCAUGUCGACAAUGAGGAUGGAUUGGUUACUUGUACAUUCUAUUUGAACGAAGAUUGGGAUGAGGAGAAGGAUGGUGGUGAGAUCCGCCUGUUCGAGCCGGACCACCAGCGGAUCAAAGCAGACGUUGCUCCAAAGAUGAACCGUCUGGUGAUCUUCUUUAGCGACUCCUCGGUGCCCCACGAGGUGCGGCGCUGCCGCCGCAGCUCGGCGGAAGGGAGUUCGACAGACAUCCGUGGACGGACGGGCAACGUGAAGGCAGCGCGCAUGUGGCCUGAUGGGCCCCCAAAGCUCAAAAGGUAUCCCGGGACACCGUCCAAGAGGUCCAGAGUUGAGGAGCACGUGAAUCCCUUCUACCCGCCGCUCAGGCCACCUACGGUCUUGCCUGGGCCCUUGCCCCCUCCCAAGAGGGCACGGUUUCCGGAUUUUUCAGCCAGGCAGACUGCAGAAGAGCCACCCGACAGCCAGGACACCGUGCUGCGCCAAGUGAUGGCCACAGCGCUUCAAGAGCUCUUGGAUCGUGUCAAGCCGGAUAUGAAGCCCCAGGUGCCGAAGAUGCUUGAGAGCAACCGCCGAAGGGAAUCCGCUGUGCUUCGUGUGGUCUUGGACAAGUACACGCAGAAACUUCCUUUGACGGGUGGAAACGGUUUGUGUUUGAGCAACUUGCUGGAGGAGGUCCUUCAGGCAACUGCGAGCAAACUGAAGCUUUGCAGCCCGAAGCCUCAACAGCCAGCAGAUGUUGACCAAGCCUGCCGGAGCUUCUUGCAAAGAUUGUAUGCUCUCAUCAUUGAAGCUCAGGACGAGGAGGAGAGACUGCAAGCUGAGCAGCUGGCUGAAAGCGCUGUGGCGGACUCACCUGAGCCAGGACCAGAGGCAUGUGCAAAGAGGAAUGAGGGUGCAGCAGCUGCCAGUCCAAAUGCCAAAAGCGAGGCAUCAGAGUGGCCGAGCACGCCAAACACUGCGCAGUACUCAAGGUGA